UAAGGGCUUGCGAAGAAAACUAGUCAACAAAACAAAAGCAUCGUGAAUGUAAACAAACCCCGUUCGGUGCGUACAAUUUUCUCCAAACUCUAGUAAAUAGAAAACUGCAAUUGAAAUGGAAAUACGCAACGAAGUUAAGCAGAAGGACCAGGAGGUGGAAAAGAAAAAGUUUGUCGUGCGCAAUGCUGCAGAUAUACAGAGAGCCAAACUGGAGAAGCUCAUGAAGAAUCCGGACAAACCAGUCAUGAUUCCAGCACCGAGCAAGAAUCGGGACUUUUCCACUGCCAUUCCAUCGUUCGUGCGGAACGUUAUGGGUUCGAGUGCGGGCGCCGGGUCAGGCGAGUUCCACGUGUACCGCCAUCUGCGCCGGAAGGAAUACGCUCGACAGAAGCAAAUUCAAGAGAAAAGUCACGCCGAACAGCUGGACGAUGCGUUCCAGCAGAAGCUAGAAAACAAUCGGAAAGCUGCCGAGGAACGCACAGCCAAGAAGCGCGCUAAACGUUUGAAGAAAAAGUCCAAACAAAAGGCGCAACAGCGAGGAAAGAAACCGAAACUCACCGAAAGUGGGAAUGACAUGUCGGAAGAUUCGUCUGAGGAGCAGGAGGAGGAGGAACCCGUUGGGAAGCUAACUCAAGAUGCGAACGCCAAUAAGGAUGAAACGCAGAAGGAUACUGACUGCGACAAGGAACAACACGAAACAGACAAAUCGGAUGAUACCACUGGGAAAGAAGAUGAAACAACGCAGCUUCCGAACCAAGGCACUGAAAACUCAGAAUCACCAUCCGAAGCUAACACCGAAGAUCAACCGCUCGAGUCUGGGAAAGAUUCGAAUGAUCGACCAAAUGACACUGAAGGAAACACCGCAAACUAGCCAGAGACAAGAAAAUAAAGGUACAAAUCAAUGACCAAUUAAAAAAA